AUGUGCAGAUUUAUUGUCUCCACAACCACUGGCCCGGCCUGUUUCUGCUGUCCCCCACCCCACUAUCAGGAUAAAGGGCCAGCAUCCUGGGGCCAAGGGAGAUGCUGGGGCUGAGCAGGAUGCAGGGCCGUGUGGCAGGGAGCUGGGCUCCCUGGGGCCUGAUCCUGGUCUGUCUUCAUCUCUCAGGCCUCUUUGCUCGGAGCAUCAGUGUAGCAGAAGAAAAAGUUCCCCAGAACUUAGGGACCAACUUGCCUCUGAUUGGACAACCUCCCUUGGCCAGCUCUGAACAUCCUCAGUACGCACCAGACCCAAGGUCUAAUGAUUUAGCAAGGGCUCCUCGGAAGCUCGAUGCUCCUCUAUUAGGUGGCUCCCAACCUGCAGGGGGCUCUGGGGCCCAGAGGUGGCCUCCACCUGGGGGGCUUCCCGCUGUGGAUUCUUGGCCCUCUGAGGGUCCCUUGCAGGUGAUGGCAGCUGAGGCUGAUGACGGUCUGGGAGAAGCGCUGCUGGAAGGACCAUCCUACCUCUCCAGUGCUGCUGUCCCCUUUCUGGGCAGAGGCUCCAUGCCCGAAGAGUUCCCUGUGCGCUUGGCAGGCCCCUCACUGGAGGCUGCUCUCCUCCACCAGGACUUGGAGUCCAGACGGCCGCCCCGCUCCAGCAUGCUGGGUGCUCAGGGAGAAAUCCUUGCCCGACGCCCACCCUGGUCUCUCAUCCACAGGGUUCUGUCUGGUCACCCCUGGGGGACCCUGAGUCCCAGUGUGUCCUGGGGAGGUGGAGGUCCUGGGACUGGGUGGGGAACAAGGCCCAUGCCACACCCUACAGGAAUGUGGGGUAUCAACAACAGAUUCCCAGGCACCAGCUGGGGGAAUAUUAAUCGCUACCCGGGUGCUACCUGGGGGAAUGUUCAUCCGCUCCCAGGCAUCAGUAGUCAGCUUCCUCCGAGAGUGCUGCGCCCUCCUGGCUCUUUUUGGGACAUCCCAGCUGGUUUCCUCCGUCCUCCCAGUCCUGGGUUGCAGUGGGGGUAG